AUACGCGGGCUGUCCGACACUAAAGGUAAGCUCUACUACUCCACGGUACAUGCCGUCCCUAGGGCAUGCAUCCUAACUACUAACAAUAUUAUUGCACAACCGCUCACUGAAUUCUGUUCCAGAGACCUGUGUGCGAUUAAACUACAAGUUCCACUGCCAACAGGCUGUCGCGACCUAGUCCUUGCCUCGGUGUACAUGCCCGGAGAGGACGAGCCACCGCCUGCCGAACUACUACGACUGGUCAACCACUGCGAGAGAUCAGGCCUCGCAAUAAUCAUCGGGGCCGACUCCAACGCACACCACCCGCUGUGGGGAAUGGAGACCAGCAACAACAGGGGUGUCACAGACAGUCCCCUAUGCCGUGGGUGCAUGGAGAAAGAAGAAACAGCCUCUCACGUGGUGCUGGAGUGCAGCGGAUUGGCCCCAUACAGGGCAAAACAUCUCGGAUCCCCGAGAGACCUCCCCGAGGUCCUACUCAACAUCAAAGGUCUGAUAGGAUUCCUCGAGGAGCUGGGCUGGCAAGACUAGCCCACCCCAUAUCACGCAAAAUAGGCGCAAGACGUCGAGUUGCGGAAAAUCGCCCGUACUACAAUACAAUACAAUACAA